UAUGGGCCUGGGCUGUUCUCCAGUGGUUGGUGUUGACAUUUCUGUGGUGACUUUUUUAAAAUGCACAGCAGGACAGGUUUUGGAGGAGGCUGACUGCCACCUUAAAAAGCGUGGAACCACUUCCUUUGUAGAAGAGAACUCUCUGGAACUAAUGGACGGGGAGGAUCAGUUUAACUGUGACGAUGAGUGCCGGCCCUUCCAGGUGCGCGUCUCCAGAAUUGUCUCCUCUGGACGCCUCAAAAAUGGAAAGCCGAUGUCUCAUCCUUCUCAACCCUCCCCACAAGCAGCACCCUUCAAAGCCCUCGUGGAGAGAUGUCGCUCCGAGCCCCUCUCCCAGAGCACCCCGAUGGGGCUGGACCAGGUGGGAGGGCGCAUGCAGCACUUGCUCAAGAGACGUGCUGAGAACGAACAGGCUUCAAAGACCCUGAAGGUGCGCGGGAACUGCCGCAACGGUGGCCGUCGAUGGAACCUCUUCAAGCCUGGAGCUGAGAAGCUACAGAUCAGUAGGCUGAUCAGUGGUGGUUCUAUUGUAAGUGCUGAGGCAGUAUGGGAUCACGUCACCAUGGCCAACCGGGAGUUGGCGUUUAAAGCAGGAGACGUUAUCAAGGUCCUGGAUGCUUCCAACAAGGACUGGUGGUGGGGUCAGAUCGAUGAUGAAGAAGGAUGGUUUCCCGCCAGCUUCGUGAGGCUAUGGGUGAACCAAGAAGAUGGUGUGGAGGAGGGAACCAGCGAUGUGCAGAAUGGCCACUUGGAUCCAAGCGCCGACUGCCUGUGUCUCGGCAGGACCGUCCAGAACCGAGACCAGAUGAGAGCCAACGUCAUCAAUGAGAUCAUGAGCACGGAGCGCCACUACAUCAAGCACCUCAAGGACAUUUGCGAGGGUUACUUAAAGCAGUGCCGGAAGAGGAGGGACAUGUUCAGUGACGAACAGCUGAAGAUCAUCUUCGGGAACAUUGAAGACAUCUACAGGUUCCAGAUGGGCUUCGUCCGGGACUUGGAGAAGCAGUACAACAACGAGGACCCCCAUCUCAGCGAGAUCGGACCCUGCUUCCUGGAGCACCAAGAUGGCUUCUGGAUCUACUCGGAGUACUGUAACAACCACCUGGAUGCAUGCAUGGAGCUUUCCAAGCUGAUGAAAGACAGCAGGUACCAGCAUUUCUUCGAAGCCUGUCGCCUCCUGCAGCAGAUGAUCGACAUUGCCAUCGACGGUUUCCUUCUCACACCGGUGCAGAAGAUCUGCAAAUACCCACUGCAGCUGGCAGAGCUUCUGAAGUACACUGCACAGGAUCACAGUGACUACAGAUACGUGGCUGCUGCCCUCGCCGUCAUGAGGAACGUGACUCUACAGAUCAAUGAGCGGAAGCGGAGACUGGAGAACAUUGACAAGAUAGCUCAGUGGCAGGCCUCCGUUCUGGACUGGGAGGGAGAUGACAUCUUGGACCGCAGCUCAGAGCUGAUCUACACGGGAGAGAUGUCCUGGAUUUACCAGCCUUAUGGACGGAACCAGCAGCGUGUUUUCUUUCUCUUUGAUCACCAGAUGGUUCUCUGCAAGAAGGAUCUGAUAAGAAGAGAUAUUCUGUAUUACAAGGGUCGCAUAGACAUGGAUAAAUACGAAGUGGUGGAUAUAGAAGAUGGGAGAGAUGAUGACUUCAAUGUCAGCAUGAAGAACGCCUUCAAACUUCAUAACAAGGAGACUGAGGAAAUGCACUUAUUCUUUGCCAAGAAACUGGAGGAGAAGCUACGAUGGCUUAGAGCUUUCAGAGAAGAAAGGAAGAUGGUAAAAGAAGAUGAAAAGAUAGGCUUUGAAAUAUCAGAGAAUCAAAAGCGACAAGCGGCAAUGACAGUAAAGAAAGUCAGUAAGCAAAAAGGUGUGAGCUACUCCAAGUCGGUUCCUCCAGCCUACCCACCACCCCAGGAUCCAUUAAAUCAGGGACAAUACAUGGUGACAGAUGGCAUAUCCCAGUCCCAGGUCUUCGAGUUCACCGAACCCAGACGCAGCCAGGCACCAUUCUGGCAAAACUUCAGCAGGUUAACACCAUUCAAAAAAUAAUACCUAGAGAGAUGGAGAAUUUUAACUUAAAAGAACUAAAACUUAAAAAAAAAAAAAAAAAAAAAAGAAAAAAAAAAGGAGAAAAAAAAAAUAAAAAGAAAUAAAAUUAUAUUUAUAGAUGGACCUUUUUUCGGAGAAGCACUGUUGCAACUAAAUAUAUAUACAUAUAUAUAUACACACACAGGUUACAAAUAAUAAUGUAUAUACAUAUAUGUAUAUAUAUAGAAGGACCAAAAACCUUUUUUUGUUGUUUUUGGGAAGCAAACUGCUACUAGAUACUAGGAAGCACCAAUGAUUUCUAACCAUCUGACCUGGUUUCUUUUCUUCCAUUGGUUGGAUAUUGUGGUUUUUUUCGUUUGGGGUUUGUUUGUUUGUUUGUGUUGGGGUUCUUUUGGCUGUUAGUUGGUUUUUUAUUCUUGCUUUCUUUUCUUCUUCAUUGCCAUCUCAAGUCGUCACUGGCAUCCCAAAAUGUUUUCCUGGCUUGUGUGAAUUCAUCAUCCAAGUUCCUCAUGGACUAUGUUGGUGUAUAUUUUGUUUGAUUUUAUUUAUGGGGGGUGUGUGUGGGGGGGUGUUGUUUGUAUUUUGGAGUGCCAGGAGCUCUCCGCUCCCUCUCCCUCCCUCUCCGUCCCUUCCUUGGUUGUCCCCAGAGUCACCAUUUCAGUGAAGAGCAUCUCUCCCCCGUCCUGCAUUCUCUGGUCUGACUCGUGCCUGUCUGGAUGUGCUCCCUCGUGCCCAUGCUCUGCUGCGCAGUAUUUCUCUGGCUUUAACUGUUUUGUUGAGGUGAAACCAAGCAGUAAAGGGCUUUCAGCUCCCUAGGAAGUUAGGGAUGGGGUUUCCUCAGUUAAUGAUUUGCUUUUUUUGUUGUUUGUUUCUUUAAGCACUCUUUUUCUCAAUUCAGUGUGAUCUCUUCACACUCAGAGCAAGACUGAGAAAAGACCACCAGGGGCUUUUACUUCUUUUGCUUUUAGCUUCAUUUUUUGGGGAUGGGGUGGGUGUUGCCUUUGAGUUCUUUUCAUUUGAAGCUGAGACACUGAAAAGCCCACCCCUAUCUUUGUUGUCCACACAAAGAUAAAAGCUUCCAAACCAAUGGCUCCACACCCUCCGGCUCCAUUCCAGCUCCAGGAAAAUUGGCUAUGAGGCUCCUGCAAAUGGCCAGUUUUCUUCCUUCAGGAACUAAGGUCCCAUCCUCUUGGCCACACUCCCACCUGCACAGUCCUGUGUUAAUGAACCACUGAGUGCCCUUUACAGGCACAAUUAUCCGAAUAGUGAGGACCGUGACAGCUCUCCCUGUCUGCUCUACUCUGUUACAUAGAGGGUCCCUGGCCUGACUUGGACAGUGACCUGCUGAGCAGAACAGGCACUGCUGUCAGUGACUUGGUAGCAGAAGGGUUAUUGCCCAAUUAAUUGGAAUGAUUUCCCUGACAUUUAAUGCACCUGAGCUGCAGAGGAGUUGAGAAGUGCCCUUUAGUAAAGAUAUAGAUGUGACCUGAGAUGUUGAGCUGUCUGACCAGGCUUAAGUGACCUGAUCUGAAUCAGGGAUCAGUUUAACCUCAGCAGCAUCUGCAGAGGUGUAUGGGUGUCAGGGUGCUCUGGAGCCAUCAGCCCAAGGCUCCAGGUCUCUUUCUCUCUCUUUUUCUGCCUCCGGAGUUUCACAGCUCCAAUUUCAAAGCCACUUCCUACAAUUUAACUUCAAGUACCUUUGUUUGCAAGCUGCAAAGCUUCUAUUUAAGCUCAUAAAACAAAUUAUUGUGCUCUGGGACGUUGGUUUUUUGUUUCCUAGGGCAAAUGAGGCAGUUUAACCAGGUUUAGAAGAUGAACUUUAAAACUCACAGAGCUGUUCUGUAGGCUCCUUUGACAACAUGUCAUGAAGUGAUUGAUGAUUGCAUUUAUCAUCUUCUUCUGAAUCUGGCAGCAGGAAGAUCCAUGUUUGGUUGGCUUUUUUUCUCCCCUAAGAAAUCCAACAGGAAGAGCAGAGAGUGUGAUUUCAGUAUUUCCAUGGAGUCUGUUUCAUUUCAGGGCAUAUCACAAGGCACUGGCUGUAUAAUUUUUGGUGGU